CUUAUCGAAUCCAAUAUUUAAGUUCAUAUAAUCAUAUCAGGUUAUAUAAUUAAUGGCUAAUCGUGUUUCACAUGAAUGAGAUUUUGACUUUGCAGAGGCUAUAUCUGUAUGUAUGUCCGCAGCAACUGAGUAACAUAUGUACAAACAAAUCUAUUCCACUGUAGCUAUAGCUUAAUUUGCAGAACUAGUUUCUUUCUUGUUUCAAAAACAUGGCAGCAGCAGCAACUGAUGAAUAUUAUCUUGCAUCCAACAAUAAUACAUCCUACAGCAGUAAUGAACCUGCAGCCGCUGCAGAACAAGAGAAUUAUCAAGGAUUUGGUGAUUCAAGUUAUAAUGACUAUACUGUGUAUGCACCACUAUACAAAGCAAUUUUUAACAAUGACUGGGAAAGGGCAAAAGCAUACCUGAAGCACAAUCCAAAUGCAGUGAGUGCAAGACUUACAUCUACAGGAGAUACAGCUCUUCAUAUUGCUGCUGUAUCCGGAAGAAUUCAUCUUGUCAAAGAAUUAGUACAACUGAUGCCUAGCGAAGCGUUAGAAAUAACAACCCACGUAGGUUGUACUGCCCUUUUACAAACAGCAGUAACAGGAUCCAUGGAAAUUGCUAAGCUCAUGGUUGAAAAGAACAGCAAUUUGUUACGGAUUAAAAAUCCGUUCAAUCUUAUUCCACUUGUUGUUUCUGCAGUCAAUGGCAACGAGGUUUUGUUGCGAUAUUUAUACUCGGUGACGCCCAAGGAAGAACUAGAUCCAAGAGCUGGUAUAACUGGUGCGGCAUUUCUUACAUCUUUAAUUAUGGCCGAUAUAUAUGAUAAACCCUUUCAAACUCGCAAUUUGAUAGUGCUACAAUUUAGAGUUAUUCUGAUGGUGCGUGGUGGAUCCCAUAAAUCUUACGAGCUACCCGUUUGGAUCUCGAAAGUAGCAAAAUAUAUUGCUUUGGAUGUACUACAACGGUACCCUAAACUUGCGACUUCUAGGGAUCCCGAUGGAAAUACUAUCAUCAACAUGUUAUCUAUAAAACCUUCUGCAUUCCCUAGUGGAAAUCGACAUGGAUUGUGGCAGCAGCUCAUUUAUACAUCUAUUCCCAUUGAGCUUGACCAUUUGUUUCGAGAUGUAGAAAGGGAUGAAGACACUAUGAGAAUAAGGUCCGAACACGUUGUCCAGAAGUUCAGCCAAGUUAGAAAACAUGGACUUGUAUGGAAAGCUCUCAAAGUACUAGUUCCAGGCGUAAGGCAAAUAUAUGAAAAGAAAGUGAUACAUGUACAAGCCCUUGAGAUAGUAAAAGCAAUCUGUCCUCAGUUAUCAAACUUGACUGAUCCACAACUUAUAGAGGUCGGAGCAGUUUGUGCAAUAACUAAUACAGCAGCUUUUGGGAUUAUUGAGUACUUCAAAGAGCUUAUAAACUCAAGUCCAUAUCUGAUGUCUUCUUCGAAUAUGAAUGGGUCAGGAUUAAUACAACUAGCCGUUAUGCACAGGCAAGAAAAAAUAUAUAACUUCAUGUCACAGAUGGGGCAAAAGAAUGAGAUGGCUGCUUGUAUAGAUAAUUUUGGAAACAACAUAUUACAUUUUGCUGGAGUUUUGGCACCAGCUUUUCAGCUUGAUAAAGUGUCUGGAGCUGCUCUUCAAAUGCAACGGGAGAUACAAUGGUUCCAGGAAGUGGAGCAAAUGGCACAACCAAAAUACAGAGAGCUGCCAAACAAAGCUGGCAAAAAACCUAGAGAUAUAUUUCGAGAAGAACAUAAAGCAUUGGUAAAAGAAGGGGAAGCUUGGUUGAAAGAAACAUCACAAGCCUGCAUGGUCGUAUCAACUCUAAUUGCCACAGUAAUGUUCGCGGCUGUUUUUACAGUACCAGGUGGAAAUAAUGGAGAUACAGGAACCCCCAUCUUCUUAAAAACAAGGACUUUUUAUGUCUUUAUGAUAUGUGAUGCAAUUUCACUUUUCGCAUCAUGUACAUCAAUUCUAAUGUUCUUUGCGAUAUUAACAGCGCGGUAUGGUGAAAAGGAUUUUUUGAAAUCCUUACCACAAAAGUUGAUUCUUGGUCUUGCAUCGCUCUUUAUCUCGAUCGCAACCAUGAUGGGAGCAUUCGGAGCGACUCUUAUAAUUGUUCUGAAUGGAACCGUUACGUGGGCUUACAUUCCUGUGACCUUUUUGGCGAGUGUCCCGGUCCUCUUAUUUGGUAUGUUACAGUUUCCUCUCUUUGUUGACAUAAUGCGCUCUACUUAUGGCAAUGGUAUUUUUCAUAAGCAGAACUCCAAGAAAAAAGAAAAGUAUGGGAAGCAUAUUUAGAUGGUGGUUAUGUUUAUUUGAAAAGAAGCUAUGUGCCGUUCAUUAUCUCUAAAUGUAAAACUUUUUAUUAUGCUUUAUCUUAAACGAUUAAUGAAGUUUAAAUUUAUAUCU